ACAAAUUAUUUACAUUUUAAAAACAGUACCAUGCAGUUUUUAUGUCAUGAGCCCUCUCUCCAUAUUUUGAUGGAUCAUGAACAGUUGGCAGACCUGAUGGAUAAAUCAGUUCAUGUUCCUCCCUCUGCUCAGAUAUCUGUUUUUUCAGCACAUCAGCUGCUUAUAUCUGGGCUACCAUCCGGAUCUAGCAAUAUACACCCAACAUGUUAUUGGGUUUAAAUCCAAACAGUUUUUAAGCUAUCAGUUGUGUCUAAAUAUAUCUAUAUGGCACUUUGUUUUUGUAAUUAUCCACCAAUUCUUCCAACAACUAUGUAUCUGUCAGGCAUAGCAUCUUUCUCUUGGUUUAAUUUUAGCUCCAAUUGUCAGUCGGAGCCAGUGCUGUAGCCCUCCCAGCUGCUGGUUACAUAAUGUUCGCUUAGGACUACCACAGUCUACUGAGCAGAAGGAAGAACUUGAAUUUUAACAGAGAUAAUAUAGUAAACGAGGCUGCAUUCGAGCCAUGUGGUGGAUGUUUUACUUCCACUCUAUUGGGAUGAUGCCAUGAAGCUGUGAGGCUGCAGGAGGCAGCCUGGACAAACAUGAUGGAGGAGGCUGCCAGUCAACUGGAGAGGGACCAUGUGCACAAUGUCUAUGACAAGAUUGCUCCAUAUUUCAAUGACAGCCGUUACAAAGCCUGGCCAAAGGUGCGACAGUUCCUGCUGGACCUGCUUCCGGGGAGCAUCGUAGCUGACAUUGGUUGUGGCAAUGGCAAAUAUCUCCACAUCAACAAGGAAGUGUUCAAGCUGGGGUGUGAUGUUUGCCGCCCCCUGGUGGACUUUGCUUGGAGUCAAGGACACGAGGUCCAGAUGUGCGAUGGGCUGUGCUUGCCUUACAGAGACGGCUGCUUUGAUGCUGUGCUGUCUAUAGCGGUCAUUCAUCAUUUUUCCACCAAAGAACGUCGUAUUCGGGCAAUAAAAGAGAUGGCUCGCACUUUGCGGGUUGGUGGACGCAUCAUGAUCUACGUAUGGGCCAUGGAGCAGAAACGGCGGAAAUUCGAGAAGCAGGAUAUCUUCGUUCCAUGGAACCCCAACCCUCAUUUGGCCUCCAGCUGCAACAGAGAGGAUGCCAAACCCAGAAGACGAGUUACAGCACAGAGCGUGAGUGAAGUCAUAGACAACACUGAAAAUCACAGGAAGGUUAGAAGCACAUCCUCUGUGGCAGAUGAAGAAGACAUGACCCAGAUGGUGCCGCAGCAAGGGACACAGAGGCUGUGGUUCUUCUCCAGGUCUCUGGAUUCUGUGUUUGACUUUGGAAGCUUAGCCAUCUCUUGGCCGUCCUCCAGAGACCUGAGACAGUUAUCAUCAGCCACAGGUGAAAGCGAGGGAAACAAGGCCAACCAGCGGGUGAGAGGACGAGGCCUCAUCAAGCAGGUCUCAAGCUUCUUUUCCCCUCCAUCUGUGAUUGGAUCAGAGGAGGACGUUUUUGAUUCGGAUGUAGACUUGCAAAAAGGUCAGAAUGAUUCAGGAGGGCCUAGCAACCCAACUAACAAUAAAGGCAAAGAAAAUCAAGGCGUCUCAGUAUCUUUAGUGCAGGAGUGUGGCUCACUUGCUCUGCCAGAUCUUAUCUCCUUGCAGCAGGAGCAUUUGAAGCAGUCUGAAGAUCAAAGCCCCAGGGAGCCCAUAGGAACAGAGCAGCAGGAAGGCAGAGAGAGUCCUGAGGGGAGUGAGGAGCAGGUGGAAGCUUCCUGUCUGAGGUAUUAUCACGUCUUCAGAGAGGGAGAGCUGGCAGAGCUGAUAGAGCAUCACGUUGAAGAGCUCCAUGUGAUACACAGCUACUUUGACCACGCCAACUGGUGUGUGGUGGCAGAGAAGGUUCAGGUAUGGAAAAUUUGAUUUUAACUCAUGGUCUUCGGCCCAUAUUUUAGCCCUACACCACACACAUUAACAUUGGACAUUCUAGGGAGGAAAAUGUCUUUAAAUGUGCAGCUACUGUCAGGGUUCUGACACCCAGCUGAAUGUCUCUACUGAGAAAGGUACGAUUUUACAUUUUUAUUAGCACUGUUUAAGAUGCAUUCAGUUAAAUGUUUCAGCUAGGAGGAUAACGGAGUGCUACGAUGGCCUGCUGUAUAAUAAAAAAAUAUAUAUUUUUAAGUAUUCAUUCUGUAUGAAAGCAAGAGGACAGAAGCAGUACCAUUAUAUCCCAUCUUGAGUUUUCUUUUUCUAUUAAUUUAAACUCUUUUAUAAAGGACUUGUCCGCAAAGGGAGAUGUUGAUGAACGCACUGUUUCCUUUUUGGGGCUUAAAAGCCAAAGCAACAUAAGUAAGACUGACCGACAGUAGAAACUUCCAUUGGUUUUGGUAUUUUAAUAAUUUUAGGCCCGUGGAAAUCUCUUGAUAUCUGCCUGUUUUAUGAAAACGUGGUUAUUACCUGAGUAUGUAGAGCUAAACGCACAUCCGGCAUCCAUUAGUGUUCUUUAUUUGUUUACUAAACAGCUCAUACAGUUCCUUACAAAAUUAUUAAUAUAUCUCUUUUUCUUGUUUUGUCAUAUUACUACCACAGCCUUUGAUGUAUUUGAUUGGACGUUUUAUGUGAUAGUAGUGCAUAAUUCUGAAGUAAAAGAAAUAUGAUGCAUUGUUUGAAUUUUCUAUGUGAAAAAUAAACUAAAAUCUGAAAAAUGUGGCAUCCCCGCAGCAUGAUUCUGCCACCACCAUGUUUCAACCAUUGGGAUAAUGUUUUCAGUGCACUGUGAGAUGUUUAGUUUUGGGAUACUGUUUUAUUACCUAAACCUGCUUCAAAACAUCUCAAGAACUUAAUCUGUUCCCGCCUGGUGAUUUUUUAGUCUUCAUGAUACUGUUUAUUAAUGUUCUCUAACCAACCUGUGAUGCCUUCACAAAGGCGUAUUUAUACUGAGAUUAAACUACACACAGGUGGAAAGUGUUUAUUAAAUAUGUAACUCCUAAAGGUAAUAGGUUACCUGGAUUUUACUUACGAGUAUAUAUUUAAAUGGGGGUGAAUGCAAAUGAAGCCACUUAUAAUAUUUUAUUUUGGAAAACAAAAUGCACUACUUUGCAUUGGUUUAUCACAUAAAAUCCUAAAUAAAAUAUGUUGAAGUAUAUGCUUGUAAUGUAGAAAAAAUGUGUAUAAGUUCAUGUGGUAUGAAUACUUUUGCAAGGAACUGUAAGUCAUUUAUUUUACAAUUAGUGCUCUGAACUGUUGAGAACAUCUUCUAAAAUACUGGUGUUUCCUGUGUGAGUGUUUUGAUGUUAAUAUCAGGAACAGCUGCAUAAUGUCUUGUAACAAGCUGAAAAUACCAGUAGUGUGUUUCAGCAAAUAAACUGCCUCAUUUACUGUGAAUGAAACAUUGCACUGUAACACUAAUAUGUCACUGCUUCAUGUCUAUAUAUGGCAUAGAAAAGUGACACUUAUGUCUAACUUUGUGCUUAUCUGUACUCAUUGUGCCAAGAAGAAUGCAUUUCUUUUUAAUAGUGUGUGUGGACCAACUGUUUACGUGUUACAGGUACCUCAGUAUCUUAUGAUUUGAAUCAUUUUUCCCUCCAUUAAAUAAUUUUGUCAAAA